GGGGGCGGAGGGAGGGGAGCGCGCGUGCGCGCGCCGGGCCGGCCGUCGCCGCGGUGACCGUCCUCCGAGUCCGUCGGCUCGCGCCCCGCCUCCGUUCCUGCUGCCCCCUCCCCUAUCGCGCGCGGGGGGUGUUUCUCGCUCCUCCCGAGUUGCCGCCGCCGUCGCCGCGGCUCCUCCUCUCCCAGUCUUGGGUUUCCCUGGCGCUGCCGCCGCCGCUGCCUCUGCGGUCUGUAUGAGGAGGAGAAGGAUGUGAAGAUGGCGGAGCUGCAGAUGCUGCUGGAGGAGGAAAUCCCGGGGGGGCCGCCGGGCCCUUUUCGACAGUUACACGAAUCUGGAACGGGUGGCCGAUUACUGCGAGAACAACUACAUCCAGGUGCGACCAUCUCGCGGCCUGGGCGCGUCGGGCCUCUGGUGUCAGCAGAUAAGCAGCGAGCCCUGGAAGAAACCAAAGCCUAUACUACCCAGUCCUUAGCGAGUGUUGCCUAUCUGAUAAAUACCUUGGCCAACAAUGUCCUGCAGAUGCUGGAUAUCCAGGCAUCCCAACUGCGAAGGAUGGAGUCUUCAAUCAAUCAUAUUUCACAAACUGUUGAUAUUCAUAAAGAGAAAGUUGCAAGAAGAGAAAUUGGUAUUUUGACUACCAAUAAAAACACUUCAAGGACACAUAAGAUUAUUGCUCCAGCCAACCUUGAACGACCAGUUCGUUAUAUUAGAAAACCUAUUGACUAUACAAUUCUAGAUGAUAUUGGACAUGGAGUAAAGUGGUUGCUUAGAUUUAAGGUGAGUACCCAGAAUAUGAAGAUGGGUGGGCUACCGCGUACAACACCUCCAACUCAGAAACCCCCCAGUCCCCCCAUGUCAGGGAAAGGGACACUUGGGCGGCACUCCCCCUAUCGCACACUGGAGCCAGUGCGUCCUCCAGUGGUACCAAAUGAUUACGUACCUAGCCCAACCCGUAAUAUGGCUCCCUCGCAGCAGAGCCCUGUGAGGACAGCUUCUGUGAAUCAAAGAAAUCGAACUUACAGCAGCAGCGGGAGUAGUGGAGGAAGCCACCCCAGCAGCCGGAGCAGCAGCCGGGAGAACAGCGGAAGCGGGAGUGUGGGAGUUCCCAUCGCUGUUCCUACGCCCUCUCCUCCCAGUGUCUUUCCAGCCCCUGCUGGCUCUGCUGGUACUCCUCCCCUUCCUGCUACUUCUGCAUCUGCCCCUUCCCCCCUUGUUCCUGCUACUGUCCCUUCCUCCACUGCCCCAGACGCUGCCGCUGGGGGUGCCCAGACCCUGGCUGAUGGCUUCACUUCUCCAACUCCCCCUGUUGUUUCCUCCACUCCCCCUGCAGGUCAUCCUGUCCAGUUCUACAGCAUGAAUAGACCUGCCACUCGCCACACCCCCCCAACAAUAGGGGGCUCCUUGCCCUACAGACGCCCUCCUUCCAUAGCUUCACAAACAAGCCUUCAGAAUCAGAUGAAUGGAGGACCUUUUUAUAGCCAGAACCCAGUAUCUCUUGCUCCUCCUCCUCCCUCCAUCCUACAGGUAACUCCUCAGUUACCUUUAAUGGGAUUUGUGGCCAGAGUCCAAGAAAAUAUUUCAGAUGCACCACCUCCACCACCACCUGUGGAAGAACCAGUCUUUGAUGAAUCCCCACCACCACCGCCUCCCCCAGAAGAUUAUGAAGAGGAGGAAGCAGCCGUGGUUGAGUAUAGUGAUCCUUAUGCUGAAGAGGACCCACCGUGGGCUCCAAGGUCUUACUUGGAAAAGGUUGUGGCAAUUUAUGAUUAUACAAAAGACAAGGAAGAUGAGCUGUCCUUUCAGGAAGGAGCCAUUAUUUAUGUCAUCAAGAAGAAUGACGACGGUUGGUAUGAGGGAGUUAUGAAUGGAGUGACCGGGCUCUUUCCUGGCAAUUACGUGGAGUCCAUCAUGCAUUAUUCUGAGUAAAGCUCAGCAGGGCCAUGUGUCCCUCACAGGAAUAGCCAGGUCUUCCCAGAUUAUCAAAAGGCCCUGGGGAUUCCUCUCCAGGGAAAUGAAUGAAGGAUACAAAGGACAAAACCUACUUUUUUUUUUUUUUGGUUUAUCCCUCAGUAUUAAAUAAGCUAGCUGAGUUUGAACAAAUGGAUCUUUCUGCCAUCACUUUACUAUGCCUGAGCUGUUUGGAUUGAAAUAAAGUGACCGUUUCUGACUGUAUCAGAGGUAUAACAGCAUAACUAUGUAAAAUAAAUCAGGUUAAGACUGAUUUCAGAAAAAAAAAAUCUGGGAUUUUUCUCAGGAAUACUGUACACUCUUGGGAUUUCUCCUCCUGCAGUCUGUGGCAAUGGCUGUUCUUCAGCGUCCGUGUGCAAGGUUAGCCUCGUGGCCUAGUGUGUACCCCAGCCCCACACUUUCUCCCACUUGUCUGAGGAGGAGGGAACCAGUAUUUAAAUACCGUACAUAAGCAUUUUUAUAGUUGUUUCAGACGGCUUAUUUCCUCUUCAACACUGUAAACCCUGCAUUCUCUUGCACUCGAGUGCACCAGGUGAGUUAAUGCUGAGUGAACUUGCGUCCCUUCAUAUUUCUCAGUCUGUAGAUUGAGGAGGAUGAAAUGAGUCUCCAGACAUUCUGAGGCUGGGUAACACCUGCCGGUUUGAUUCUGAUGUGCUGCUGCUGCAUGAGACUGCACUGCCACCCAUGGCCGGUGUCGCCACGUGCGCGGCGUGGCUUCGCGGGCUGCGGCGGCCGUGUGAAGG